UAAUAUCUUGUAAUAUUUGUAUGAUACAUGUAGUAUGAAGCAUUUUCAUAAAUGUAGUACACGUACAACUGAACAUUCAUAUGCAUAUGUUUUGAAGCUAAACUUCUAGAUGUUUCAUGAAAGUACACUAUUCAUUACAGAAAUAUUAAACAAUUUUUGAUGGAUUAAAAAAAUUCCUACUACAUGUAAUUUUACAGAUAUAGAUAUAUGUGUUUUAUGUUGUGUGUCUACGUAUUUGUACAUUGUCUAUGUCUAUGUGUAUUUGUGUACGUCACAUAACAAAUUAAUUAUGCUUUUAUUAACUUCAAACAGCGUAUAUGUGGUAAAAUUCUUUUUCUAUAACAUCACACGUUAUCACAAUGUCUUUGACCAAUGAAAAGGUUGUUCAAAUAUAUAAAAAACAUAAUGGUUCCAUGAAUGGUGUCCAUAAAGAAAUCUGCCAAACUCUGCACAUCGAUUCGUGUCAAAUAAAUAAAAGCAGCUUACAUUGGAAAAUCAAAAAAAUUAUCAAAGAAUUUGAAAGACUCAAUAAAUCUAUAAGUAAGAAAUCGAUAUAUGAGCAAUAUAAGAGGAAAGAAUUCAAAUGUCCAUCAAAAACCAAUAAAGAACCAGCAAGCACAUGUGUACCGUCAGAAACAGACACUGAAAAAAUAACAACAAGAACUGAACAAGACAUUAUCAUAUCCCAGCUCAAGAAGGAAAAUAUUAAACUUAAGGAAAAAAUCCGAGGCUAUAGAAUUAAAGAAAUUAACCAGAAAAUGAAACGAACCAAAGAAAAGGUGAGGAAACUGGAAGAAAAAGUGAAUGUAUAUAAGAGGAAGGAACAACAAGAAAAAGAUAAUAAAGUUGACAAAGGAGUUCAGUGCAACACUCUAAAUACUUAUAUUGAAGAACUCAAAUGUGAAAUCGACAAUCUGAUCGCUGAAAAAGAUGACAUUGUAGCAGAUGAAGAUGAUUAUGUACAUGUAAAGAAAGUUUUAGAUUUUAAAGAAAAUGGUAAAGGUUGUCCAUAUAAUUAUAAAUUAAGAAAUCUAUAUUAUUUUUUUAGAAGUAGAAAUAUUGGUGUUCACCAUAUUGGUCCUGUUUUAGAAGCUGUUUUAGAUAUUUUUAAUAUAAGUGUAAACAAAUUACCAAGUAAGAGCACUGCGUCUGUUUUAACGAGUGAAAUGGGUGUUUUAAGUAGAUGUCAUUUGAAUGAAGAACUUUUAAACAGUAGUAACAUUACAAUGCAUAGAGAUGCAACUACAAAAAAAGGACAUCAUUUUUAUGCAGUUCAAAUUAGUACUGGGGAGAAAGUUUUGACAGCAGGUGUGAGAGAAGUGAGUGAUGGGAAGGGAGAGACGUAUGUGAGUGCUACCAAUGAGAUUUUUAAUGAUAUUGUCAAUAAUGAGAGGGAGAAAGAUCAAAUUUUUAAUUCUGUUUCAUGUUUUAUGACAGAUAGGAGUUCUACAGAACAGAAGGUUAACAAUAUUUUAUGUGAAGAUAUAUCUCAUGAUGUUCAAUCUUUUAAAUGUUCAGUACAUCCCCUUCUUCAAUUUUCUGAGGUUUGUUUGGAAGAAAUUUUUCAUAUUGAAAAAGAGCUAAAUAUUAAUUUUGAUGGACACACCAGCUCUACUAAAGAGCCAUUUACCAUGUUUAUUUUAAGGUGUGUAUCCAAAUUUUUUUUUAAAGAUGGCACUGGCGAUCCAAACAUUUCUCAUUUAUAUUUUAAAAGCCAGGGCAUUGAUAGAAUUCCUUUAAUGAAUAUAAGAGGAAAUCGUUUUAAUGUUUGUUUUUAUAAUUCUGCUGGUACUUUUUUUAUACACAAACUUUUACUUCAAUACAUUUUAUCAUCAAAGAGUUCUUUUAAUUUUGUCCAGAAUGUUAUUGUUUUAUCAUUACAAAACAAAUGUAUUUUAACAAUUUUAAGAGCACUUGGUAUUUUAUGUAAAUUAUUAACAGGACCAUAUUGGUUAAAAACAAUGGAGGUGAACAAUAUUUUAUCAAUGGGGUCAGUUUUUAAAAGAUUUUUACAUGUAUUAGAUUUAUGUGCAAAAGAACCUAUAUUGGCUUUAAGACAGAAAAUUAGACUAUUUGAAGGACCAGAAUUAGAAGAUACUGUUUCUGAAUUUUUAUUUACAUAUCCUAUUAAUGAUGACUUAACAUGUGUUUUUAUCAAACGUUUAUGUGUUGUGUUGAAAACCAAAGUAGAAAAACUAUUUGCUGAUUUUUUAAAAGAUGGUAAAUAUUUUAAUGUACAAAAGAAUUUAGAUUUUAAGUGUUCAUCCUGUCCCACAAGCAAUAUUUGUGUAGAACAGUUGAUGGGACAGGUUGAUUAUCAUGUACAAUCAUCCUCAAUGUCAUCAAAUAAUACUGUGGAAAGUAAACUAUUAUAUGUUAACAACAAAACUUCAGAAUGGUUCAAUAACAAAAGUGAGGAAGAGAAAAAAAAAAUCACUGUACAAACCAUGAAAAAAAACAGAACAUUUAUGACCUUAGAGAAACACAGAAAACAGACUUUAUUAAGGAAACACCUCACGAACUUAAAAGAAAAACAAGAGGACAUAAAAAGAAAGAAGAAGAAAAAAGAAGACGAACUUGACAAAGUCAUAGACCACAUCAGAGAAGAAGGACUGUGGGACACUGAAAGUAAAAUUGAUAGUGAACUCCAAAAAUUUAAAACCAAAAAAGACAGAUUGUCAUCCUUGAAAAAACAAAUUAACAUCCAUAAGAAAGUAUUUCAAAUUAGUAAACAACAUAAACAUUUAUUAAAUUUUAGCAAAAAAGGAAAACUAUUUGACGAGGGAACACUGAGAAACAAUCUGCUAAUGUUAAUGAAUUUACGUAAAGAAAAUACUGAAACACCUGUCUGCGAAACCUCCUUUUCUCCCAUGGACCUGCUCAGUAGAGAGAUUGUACAUACCUGGUCCGAAGAUGGCGAAGAUGUUCAGUGGGAGGGGAAAAUAUUAAGCCAUGCUAAUGGAGUUUUUAAAGUUUUGUAUUGGAACGAUAAAGAAAAGACAGACAGCAGUGUGUUUGACUUGACGGAACAAGAAAUAAACAAAGACAUUGAGGACGGAAAUUUAUUCUUUAAAGACGCAGCAACUAGAUUGGAUCAUUCCUACAUUUGAAAAAGACUAUAAAAAGAGGAGUUGUCUUUCAUAGGUAAUUUUACUAUUAUAAAGAGUAGGAGUUAUUACCCUUUGGUCACAAGGCCAAUUUAAUUUGACCAACAUAUAUAGAUGAUUUGCAUAUUUAUUAACCAUCAACCAAUGAAAAGCUGUUUAGUUCUAGUCAAGGUAUGGACAAAGAAACAAGGUUUUGCAAGUUUACUGAAGAAAAUUUUAUUUUUAAA